AUGCCUUCCUCGCCCGAUCCCCAGCGUGUUGUGCGCUCCUCUGCCUCAACCCCUUCUCUGCGCUCGCGCGAUGGGACUGUUCCCAUGCUCUCCAGAAUGGACGGCGGAGGCAAUGUGCGGGUCGUGGUCCGCGUGCGAGCUUUCCUCCAGAGGGAGCUCGCCAAGCAGACUCGCUGCCUGAUAGACAUGGACCCAAUCACGCAGCAGACGACACUCCUCCCACCAGACGAUCCAGACGCUACCAGCGGAGGGAAACAGCUUCAGCCAAAGUCACGCAAGGUCUAUGAGGAGAAGAACUUCACAUUCGACAACUCGUUCUGGAGUCAUGACCCAACCGACAAGCACUAUGCCACACAAUCAGACGUCUACAACAGCUUGGGAGAAGAGUUUCUCGAUCACAAUUUCGAAGGGUACCAUACUUGCAUAUUCGCCUACGGGCAGACAGGGUCCGGGAAGAGUUACACAAUGAUGGGCACGCCGGACCAACCUGGUCUGAUUCCUCGAACGUGCGAGGAUCUGUUUGAGCGCAUUGAUGCAGCACACGCCGAAGACACCAACAUCGCCUACAGCGUGCGUGUGUCCUACUUCGAGGUGUACAACGAGCAUGUACGAGAUCUCCUCGUGCGCUCCGACCCCAACAAACCUCCCAAUUAUCUCAAAAUCCGAGAGUCUCCCACCGAAGGCCCGUACGUCAAGGAUCUGACAGAGGUCCCCGUCCGGAACAUCGAUGAGAUCUUGCGGUACAUGACCAACGGUGAUGCAUCAAGAACAGUGGCCAGCACCAAGAUGAACGACACUAGUAGCCGAAGUCACGCCGUCUUCACCAUCAUGCUCAAGCAGAUUCACCACGACAUGGAGACUGACGAGACAACCGAGAGAAGCUCGAGAAUACGACUGGUGGAUCUCGCAGGUAGCGAGAGAGCCAAGUCAACUGAGGCCACAGGCGCCCGGCUGCGAGAAGGUAGCAACAUCAACAAGUCGCUCACUACGCUGGGCCGUGUGAUCGCCGCCUUGGCAGACCCGAAGGCGCUGCGGGCGGGCAAGCGGAAAGACGUCGUGCCGUACCGUGAUUCUAUCCUGACCUGGCUGCUCAAGGACUCGCUGGGAGGCAACAGCAAGACUGCCAUGAUUGCUUGCAUUGCGCCGUCCGACUAUGACGAGACGUUAUCAACACUCCGGUAUGCCGACCAGGCCAAGAGAAUCCGGACUCGUGCUGUUGUCAACCAAGACCACAUUUCCACUGCCGAGAGGGACGCCCAGAUCGCAGCAAUGGCAGAGGAGAUCCGUCUGCUUCAGCUCUCCGUCUCCGACUCGCGGCAGAAAGAAAAGAAUGCUCAACAAGCCGAGGAGAGACUGGAGGAAUAUCAGAACCGCGUGGCUGCAAUGCAGCGAAAGAUGGAGGAGCGCAGCAUGGUGGCCGAGAGCAAGAUCAAGAAGCUGCAGACCGAAAACGAGGCUCUCAAGCUGCAUCUCAAGCUCGCCAUCGACAGUCUCAAGAACCCCAUCCCACCAGUCACCGUCAAGAGCAUCGACGAAGGCGUAGACAACAAGGAGAAUAUAGACGCCGACGACAUAUCCGAGGCCGAUGAUUAUGAGUACGACUAUGACUCGGAGAGUACUGCAUACGGCGAAGACGACCUGCAGGAAGACAUGAGACGCUAUUUGACGGACAUGGGCAACCUGCGGAAACUGAUCGGGGGAGACAUGAUGCGGUUCAAGGACGAGGAGAGCGCCAGGAUGCCUCUCGGGGCACGCGAGAAUAUCUGA